CGAAGAGCGAGCUCUCUCUGCUUCCCAUCAACAAGCUUAUAAACCAAUCCUUACUUCAUCGCCUAGAGUGUGGAAUCUUCUUGCGUCAAAGCUGUCCACUCUUGCUACAAUCUCCUGCAUUAUCUAAAUAUCCCGUCUACCGGCGUGUCCGAACACCCCCCGACUACUCGUCAUAUAACCGUCAGAGAUGGCGCAAGACGGCGAGCGGUCAGCGCCCGCCGACAAGGGCAAGGGCAAGGUUGACGAUAUCAAGGAGCUGUCCGGUGGAAAGAAGACGGCGGCCGAUGAGAAGCCACAGGCUGAUGGGAAGAAGAAGGAUGAUGACUCGACAGAGGAAGAACUCAAUGAAGAAGAUCAGCAGCUGAAGAAUGAACUCGAAAUGCUCGUGGAGAGGUUAAAGGAGCCCGAUACCUCGCUGUACACCCCUGCCUUGGAUGCGAUUAAGAACUUCAUAAAGACCUCGACUUCUUCCAUGACCGCUGUGCCGAAGCCCUUGAAAUUCCUAAGACCGCAUUACGAUGAUCUCACGGAGCUUUAUGACAAGUGGCCGGCCGGCCCGGUUAAGGACUCGCUGGCCGAUAUGCUCUCAGUUCUUGGCAUGACCUAUGGAGACGAGGAGAAGCUUGAGACCCUGAAGUAUCGCCUUCUCACCAAGUCCGAAGACCUCGGCUCCUGGGGCCACGAAUAUAUCAGACACCUGGCGCUGGAAAUCGGUCAAGAAUACCAAAACAGACUGAAUGCCGAGAAGGAUGUACAGGAUUUGAUUGAUCUGUCGCUGUCUUUGGUUCCGUACUUCUUGAGUCACAAUGCCGAAGCGGAUGCCGUCGACCUUCUGAGUGAACUUGAGAUUAUCGAGGAGAUCCCGCGUUUCCUGGACGAAAACACAUACUCCAGGGUCUGCUUGUACAUGGUCAGCAUGGUUAAUCUCCUCACAUACCCCGAAGAUCAGCAAUUCCUUCGGACUGCUCAUGAAGUCUAUGUCCGCUACAAGGAACUCACCAAGGCGGUGGUUCUUGCAAUCCGCUUGAAUGACACUGAUCUCAUCAAGAGUGAUCUCAAUGCCACUACAGACAAGUCCCUCAAAAAGCAGAUGGCGUUUCUCGUUUCCAGGCAGCAGAUAUGGCUUGACCUUCCCGAUGAAGAGGAAGAUCAGUCCUUCAUGGACUGCUUGAACAACACCUCCAUCCCGAAGCACUUCAAGUCUCUCGGCAAGGAGCUCAACAUCCUCGACCCCCAGAUGCCCGAAGACAUUUACAAGACACAUCUGGAAAGCAGCCGCGGUGCUGGCCUCACAAAUGUCGACUCCGCAAGGCACAAUCUCGCCAGUGCCUUUGUCAACGCCUUUGCCAACGCUGGGUAUGGCAAUGAUAAGAUGAUGCUUGUGGAUGGAGAUAAGGGCCCCUGGGUCUGGAAAACCAAGGACGACGGUAUGUUGUCGACGACGGCUUCGAUGGGUAUGCUUCUGCACAGGGAUGUCGAGCCUGGUCUGGACAAAAUCGACAAGUACACCUAUGCGUCGGAGGAUCAGAUCAAGGCAGGUGCUUUGCUUUCCAUCGGUAUUCUCAACUCUGGUGUGCGGAUAGACUCUGAUCCUGCGCUGGCCCUCCUGAGUGACCCCGACAAUCUGGAGGCCAAGAGUGUGCCGAUGAGGGUCGCCUCCAUCAUGGGUCUCGGUCUGGCUUAUGCCGGAUCUAACAAGGAGGAACUGCUCGAGGUUCUUCUUCCCAUUGUUGAAGAUGUUUCUUUGGACAUGCAGCUGUCUGCGAUGGCAGCCGUUGCCCUGGGUCUGGUCUUCGUCGGCUCUUCCAACCACCAGGUGAGCGAGGCGAUCGCCACCACGUUGAUGGACGAGGAGAGACAGAAGCACCUCAAGGACAAGUGGACUCGCUUCAUGGCCCUUGGUCUAGCUCUUCUGUACUUCGGCCGCCAGGAAGAGGUUGAUGUCAUCCUCGAUAUCCUUAAGGCGGUCGAUCACCCUAUGGCCAAGCCGACUUCAGUCCUCGCCUCGGUUUGCGCUUGGGCGGGUACUGGCACUGUCCUGAAGCUCCAGGAACUUCUCCACAUCUGCAAUGAUAUCAUUGAGGAGACUGACGAGAAGAAGGGCGAUGAGCUGGUCCAAUCAUAUGCCGUGCUUGGUCUGUCGCUCAUUGCUAUGGGUGAGGAGGUCGGACAGGAUAUGAUUUUGCGCCAGUUCGGCCACCUGAUGCACUAUGGUGCCAGCAACAUCCGCAAGGCUGUUCCCCUUGCCAUGGGUCUGAUCACCCCCAGUAACCCUCAGAUGAAGGUCUACGACACACUGUCCCGAUACAGUCACGAUACCGACAACGAUGUUGCUAUCAACGCCAUUUUUGCUAUGGGUCUUUGCGGCGCUGGUACCAAGAAUGCCCGUCUGGCUCAACUGCUUCGGCAGCUGGCUAGCUACUACCACCGCGACCAGAACACUCUUUUCAUGGUUCGCAUUGCCCAAGGUCUUCUGCACAUGGGCAAGGGUACGAUGACCCUGAACCCGUUCCACACAGACCGCCAGGUCCUCUCGCGCGUAUCGGCCGCGGGUCUUCUCACCGUGCUCGUGUCUAUGAUUGACGCCAAGCAAUUUAUCCUCGCCGAACACCACUACCUCCUCUACUUCCUCAUCACCGCCAUGUACCCCCGCUUCCUCGUCACGCUCGACGAAGACUUGCAGCCUCUCACAGUCAACGUCCGGGUUGGCCAGGCUGUGGACGUUGUCGGACAGGCAGGACGCCCCAAGACCAUCACCGGUUGGCAAACACAGAGCACGCCGGUGCUGUUGGCUUAUGGUGAGCGUGCUGAGCUCGAAGAUGAGCAAUACAUUCCCCUCAGCAGCACCCUGGAGGGCUUGGUCAUCUUGCGAAAGAACCCCAACUGGGAAAGUUCUGCCUAAGUAAGACGACCUGUCGACAUGAAAUUUUGCAGAGGGUUGAGCGCAGGGCGGAUUAUCAUUCAGAUACCUUGGGUCUUAAUGUAUUGAGCAGGGUUUGGAAAAUAGCAUACACCGUUUGUCAUUACGUUCUAUCUAUCACUAGACUGGUGGAUGUGGCACGGGGAAUCAAUGCUAGAUGAUUCAUAGGUUAUAUACGUCCGAAGAGACUUGAAACAGA